AUGUUCAGGGUAGACCUUACCUCCACCUACAUACCGCAACUCUUGUCUUUGCAGUUUUAUUUUUUAACGGCCUUUUUGUAUGUUUAUAUUUUAAACUACUUCAGAUAUUUUGAGGGGGAGCAAACUCGGGGUACACUGCUCGUGGAUCUGAGGUAUAAAGGACAGGAAGGGCAAAGGUGUAUGAAGGUCUGUACUGGGAAAGCGCCACGUGGCCAGACACAAGAAGCACAUUUGCGCGUGGAUGCAGAGACGCGGUGCCCGCAGCCGAGAGACCAGAAGCGGCAGCAGAAACCUGAAAAGCACGUGUGA